AUGUCUGAAAAUAAAUCUGACAGUGGGACUGAUCGCGACUGUUCGGUGGAGGAGUAUGAGGAGUAUGAGGAGUAUGAGAUAUCUCAGCCGACAGUGCCUCCACUGACAGUGCCUCAACAGAGAGCGCGCAAACGCCGACGCGAGGACGACGACGAUGACGAUGACGAUGAUGUUUCCCGGCUGCCGCCUAAAAGGCGUCGGUCGGGGGAUAAAUCUUCCCAAUCCGAAUCCCCAUCUUCAGCUUCAUCUUCAUCUUCCGCUUCAUCUUCCGCUCAUGAUCUCGCUCCUGUACCAUAUCCCAGCCUUUACGAUAGCAGUUCUUCGAGUAACGGUGAAUCUACCCCCCCUCCCAAAGAAGAAGCCCCUGCCAGAGAAGAAGCCCCCCCCAGAGAGGAAAUCCCAGUCGCCUUUUCACUGACGCCCGAUCCAAUCCGCCGAUUUGAACAGUAUGGAGCUGCAUACCAGGCAUGGAUGAUCAAUCCCCAUCAAGCCGGGUGCCCAGUUCGGAAAUCCACAACGACGAUGUACGAGCUAUUGAAUCCCAGUGUGAAGAAAGAUAGACUUAGGUGUCGAGAGACUCAAUAUACUAGUCCCCCGGACCCGAUUUGGGAUGACUUGGAAGAGGUAGGGUUCCCGACCACCAAAACGUACCGCUUCACCUCGCUAACUUGCUCUGGCUACGAUACGCAAGGUUACAGACAGGAAAGCCAAUACCGUCAUUGUAGCGGUGAAGGCAUUUUUAUCGCGGAGGAGAUUUUCAGAAACUGUGGGCCGAAUUGGUCCAAUAUUGCACUCGCUCAGUAUAAGUUUGACCAUGACAUCGACACCCUCAAGUAUGUUUAUUUCAUCAAUGUUGUUAACGAGGAGACCAGGCCCUUCGUACAAGAUUACAUCUACCCAAGAUACGAGCUGGACUGGCCCAUAGGCGAUGAAAAACCUGUGCAGCAUAUGUGGGGGUAUGGUUCCAUUUCAUAUCAAGGGAUUCUGGGAACAAAGAUAGGAAAGGCAGCGGCAUGUUUGGUUUUGGGGGCAUGGGACAGAGGUACCCAUUACAUCUCGCAAGUGUGCACUCAGGUCGAAGACGAUUUGCUGAACCUGCGGUUCGACAUUGCGCCAAUCUAG